UUAUCGUAAACACGAGCAGCCUUAAUUUAACAAAUUUCGUUUUGCGAUCAAGAACCCGUUUAAUACGGCGGCAAGCAGCUUUAGAACGCAACAAAAAAGUAAAAAAAAAAAAACAAAAAAGCUGCUACCAAAACGACAAAAAAAUUAAAACCAUUUAGAAAACAGCAACUAAACCCAUGUAACUGUGUCGGGUCAUUGGACGCCAAACAAAAACAAUAAUUACAAAUAAAAAAGUAAUAUAAAUAAAUGCCGUUAGCAAAGUGAGCUGAGUGAGUGACUGACAGCAAAGUGUGCGUGCUAAACUAAAAUUGCUGCGCUAUCGCUCGAGUGCUGCUAAAGCAAAAAUAAAAACUAAAAAAAAAAAUACAUUUUUUAUAAUCUAUUUGUGCAAAUAAGUGCAGUGAAUUAGAACACACACGCGAAAAAAAAUUUAAAUUAAUUCAAGCAGAAAAUAUUUGCGAUUUCAUAACUAAAAAAAAAAUUGCAAUUCAAGUUUCGCUAAAAACACAAAUUACACGGUUUUAACAAAUUUUGCCGGUUUUUUGUGUUGUGCUAUUUUUGUUGCACAAGUGUAAUUAAAAAAGGGAAGCCGGUCAGUGCAACUAAAAAUAAAUCAGCACGCAUACACUCGCACUCACCGCGCAGAGUCAACAAACACAUUUAGAAAUACACACACACGUCGAGUGCAAGCAAAGUGAAGUUGAAGGGACGCCGCAGCAACAAUUCGCAAUUAUGGGGCAAUACAAGCAACUACAACAACAACCACACAGUCAGCGGUGGCGCGUAUGCGGUUUGUACGCGUUCGCAAUUUUGUGCCUCUGCAGUGCAUUAAUAGAUCUCACACAUGCUGAAGUCAAACCAAAAUUGGAAAUUUUUCCCAUGCAAGAAGUACAAAGGAAACCAGUUGGCAAAUCAUUGAUUCUAACCUGUAAACCGAUUGUGGCUGAUCCGAAUUUGGUAUCGGAUUUGCAAUGGAAGGAUAAUAUGAAUAAUACAAUAUUGCCCAAACCGAACAAAUACUAUUAUCCACUGUAUGAUUCCAAAGGACGUAGAUUACCCGCUGUCACUGGCCGCAAUCAGCCACCGAUGUAUACGGAAACUUUGUCGGAAAGUUUGGCGCUGAUGAUCACCUCGUUGUCGGUCGAAAUGGAAGGCAAAUAUUAUUGCACCGCCUCCUAUGCAAAUACGGAAUUACUGGAAACGAGCGUUAUAAUUAAAACUUAUGGUAAGUUUCUAUUUAACUACGAGUACUAG